CGUCGACACUCAUUAUUUAAGUCCAGCUCACUGCUGCUGCCGACACAGAUAGUCGAGUCAGCGGUGGAAAAGGGACUCCUGCUUCUCGUCUGCGAAAUGGCCUCGUUCGCAUUGCGCUUGUGUUUUGUUCUGGCUGCUCUGCUGAUGGCAAGUUUUGUUUGUGGAACACCUGUCAUUAAAGAAAAACCUGGCCUAUGCCCCGGGCUCAAAACCCCCAAAAUACCUGGCCAUGAGAACCCUUGUCGCAAUGACUAUGACUGCCCAACGAUUCAAAAGUGCUGUCCCUUUGGAGCUCCUGAAGCCAACGCUAGAAUAUGUGCAGAUCCUUAUUUUGGGUCCCACCACUGAAUGACAACUGAUUCUGGAUUUAUAGCAGAAAGCAGGUUAUUAGUUCAGUCAAUGCAUAGAUUAGGCUAAAUAUGCAGGUACACACCCACAGGCAAGCAUAUUACCUACAUUUCUUCAAAGUAAAAUUUGUGCUGCUGGCAUUUUUCAAUCUAUUGUUGAUGGCUGCAAAUGUAUUGACUGAAUAAUAAAGUGCUAUAAAUGGUA